AUGUAUAUUCCAAAAAAAUACUUGCAAGAAGAUUGGGAACAGGUGGAAUACUUGAUUAAAAACUAUCCCUUAGCAACAGUUGUCACCAAUGACGAAAACGGAACAAUUAUUGCUAAUCACAUCCCCUUUGUUUUGAAAGAAGAUCCUGAAUCGGGUAAGAAAUACUUGAUUGCCCAUAUCGCAAAGACAAAUCAUCAAGUUCCAACUUUAGCUGAUUCCGAUAACGUCUUGGUGAUUUUCCAAUCGGCUGAUUCCUAUAUAACUCCAAAUUACUACCCAGGAAAACCAGAAACCCACAAAUACGUGCCAACAUGGGAUUUUGCUUGUGUUCACAUUUACGGAAGCUCUAAAAUAAUCGAUAAUUUUGAUUUUGUGAGAAGUCAAAUCACCCACUUGACUGAUCAACAAGAAGCCGGUAAGCCCGAUAGCUGGAAAGUUUCAGAUGCUCCUGAAAAAUAUUUGAAAGUAAUGCAAAAAGCUAUUGCGGGCCUCCAAAUCGAAAUAAAGUCCACUCAGUGCAAGUACAAGUUUGAGCAAGAUAUGAAAAGUGCAGAUAUUCAAGGGGUUGUUGAUGGUUUACAAAAGGAUGGUAAAAGUCAAAUGUCUAAUUUUGUUAAAGAGUCUAAUCUUACAAAAAUAGGGUAG